AUGGAGGAAAAAGGACAACAUAAAAUAAACGAACACACAGGGCAAGCAAGAGCUCAAAAAUCAAUCUUGAGAGCAUUUUCAUUCAUUUCAAUUGUAAUAUUUAUAUAUGUCCUGUUGAGAUCUAAGUUCUUUCUAUCAGACAAUGAGAAAUAUGAAAGUAAAAGCGACCUUUUGACUAGCGUAUGUCCUUACGCAGAGAUUGUGAGACCUAUAUCAUAUUAUCAGGAUAAUAAGACCUUAAUCAAAAUUUUAAAUGACGAAGAAUUUAGAAAAGCAUCGGCCAAGAAGCUCUCAGGAGCAGUUAGAAUAAAAACUGAUGUGUUCGAUGAUAGUCCACUCGUCGAAGAUGACCCCAAUUUUUGGGAAAAGAAGUUUUCCCCCUUUUACGAAUUUCUUGCAAACUCUUUUCCGCUCUUAUGGCAACAUGCUACAGUUGAGAGAGUCAAUGAAUGGGGUUUGGUUAUUACCUGGAAAGGUGAGGACGAAUCCUCGGAACCAAUUCUUUUAGCAGCACAUCAGGAUGUUGUCCCAACCCAAGAUGCCACCAUCAAAGAUUGGACUUAUCCUCCUUACGAAGGUGUUUAUGAUGGUAAAUCAUUAUGGGGCCGUGGAUCUGCUGACUGCAAAAACUUGUUGAUUGGAUUGUUAGAGGCUGCAGAAGAGUUAAUCAAAGAUGGAUUUAAGCCUAAGAGAACCAUUAUAUAUGGUUUUGGUUUUGAUGAAGAAAUUGGUGGAGAACGAGGAGCUAAAUCGAUUGGAAAUUUUCUUCUGGAAAGGUAUGGGAAGAAUUCUUUCUAUGCAGUUAUCGAUGAAGGUGGUCAAAGUAUUGUCGAACAAGAAGGAGUCGUUCUUGCCUUGCCUGGUACUGGUGAAAAGGGUUUGUUAAAUUUAAUAGUCGGUCUAAAUACACCAGGUGGGCAUUCUUCGGUACCCCCUGAUCAUACUUCAAUCGGUAUCAUGGCCAAAUUGAUUAAUAGAAUAGAGUCUAAUCCUUUUCCACCCAUUUUCUCGCCAUUGAAUCCUACUUUUCAUGAAUAUCAGUGUGUUGCAAUCCAUUCCAAAUCCUUAGACCUGAAAACGAAAACCGCGAUUCUUAGAUCUGGCUAUGAUAAUAAGUCAAAUGAAAUUGCUGUAGACUACUUGACUAAGUCGAAGACUACCAGAGCUCUUAUUGGGACCACCCAAGCAGUCGAUAUAGUUCAUGGUGGUGCAAAAUCAAAUGCAUUACCAGAAUAUGUGGAAAUUGUUGUCAAUCAUAGGAUCGCUAUAGAGAGCACUGUCAAUGCAACGCUUGCUAAAGAUUUGGCUAAUAUUUUGUUCAUAGCGAAGAAGCAUAAUCUUGGAGUCAUUUAUGAUGGCACAGAGAUUAAGCGUAAAACAAAAAAUGGGUUUUUCACUGUUAAAAUAGAUUGGCCAUUGUCUCCAGCGCCUUUAACGCCCAUAAAUGAUGAGCACUGGAAAUUGUUAGCUGGUACAAUUAGACAUGUCUAUGAAGAAGUAGCACGCGAUAGUAUGCCAAAGAAGUUUAAAGAUAAAAAGGUCGUAGUCGCUCCAGGUAUUGCUACAGGUAACACUGAUACACAGCAUUAUUGGGAUCUAACUGAUCACAUUUACAGAUAUAGACCUGGACUCGUUGCUACUGUUGAUACAAAUGCGCACGGAGUAGAUGAACAUAUACCUUUUGAUUCGCAUCUUCAAAUCAUAGCUUUCUACUAUGAAUUUCUUCAAGUCAUUGACUCUGCUUAG